CUGCUUUCAGAGCGAUCAGGGGAAUGACAGCGUUCAGUCUGCCCUGCUGAAAGGCCAGCGUGACACAGUGACUGCGGGUUUGAGUAAACAGAAUAUGCUUCCAGAGAGACUCAAAUGAAUAUUGCAUAUUGAGUCAACAUCACCCCAUUUGCAUUAUUGUUCCUGAAAUCACAUGAAUAGCAGAUAGAGUCCAUCCCUGAUGAUGUCAGACAGUAUACUGGAAGACAUCUUUAUUAAACGAUCCCAGCAGAAGAAGAAGACCUCACCCUUGAACUUCAAGGAACGUUUAUUUAUUCUAACGCAAGAAAAGAUCUCCUACUAUGAUUAUGAUGUUGAAAAAGGGAAAAAGAAAGCACUGAAGGGGACAGUGGAGGUCGACAAGAUCAGAUGCGUGGAAAAGGUCUUACCAGAGGAAAACGCACCUAUUGAGCGACUGUAUCCAUUUCAGAUCAUCUACGAUGAGGGCCCCCUCUAUAUCUUUGCCAAGAGCGACGAAGUUCGGAGACUGUGGAUACACCAGCUGAAGCAUGUGGUGCGGUUCAACAAGGACCUGGCGCAGAAAUAUCACCCCUGUUUCUGGGUGGAUGGCAUGUGGUUAUGCUGCCAGCAGGGGGUCAAACAGGCCCUGGGGUGCCAAGUGCUGCAGCCUAAGAAUGGGGGACUUUUGGGUAACCCCUCUCGACGUAAAUCCAGGAAACCCCUUCCGCCUACACCAGCAGAGGAACCAACCCCUCCGCAGCCACCAUGCCCACAGCUAGGUCCCUCUUCAGGAAUGACAGUCAUAGCAGAGUACGAAUACACCCCAGUAAACAAGCAAGAUCUUCCACUGAGGCCAGGAGAGGAGUACACCGUCCUGGAAGCAGUGGAUGCCAGCUGGUGGAGGGCCAGGGACAAACAUGGAAAUGAAGGAUACAUUCCCAGUAAUUAUGUUGUGGAGGCUGGACAUGGUUUUGAGAGGUUUGCAUGGUAUUGCAAGAAUAUUAACCGCAGCCAAGCAGAGAACCUUCUAAAAGCUGAGAACAAAGAUGGUGGUUUUUUAGUGCGAGACUCAAGCAAAACUGGGAAAUACACCGUGUCAUUAUACGCCAAAGCUCCAGGGGACCCGAUGGGCACCUGCAGACACUACAACAUCUGCAGCACACCACAGGGCCAGUUCUACUUGGCUGAAAAGCACAACUUCUCCAGCAUUGAGGAGCUCAUUAACUACCAUCAACAUAAUGCUGCAGGUUUGGUGAGUAGGUUGAAGCACAUUGUUUCCAAUAAGGCUGAUAAGGCACCUUCAAGAGCUGGCCUAGGAUACGGUAUCUGGGAGAUUGAUCCACGAGACCUUACCUUCCUGAAGGAGCUGGGAAAUGGUCAGUUUGGUGUGGUAAAAUACGGAAAAUGGCAGGGUCAACAUGAUGUCGCUAUCAAGAUGAUCAAGGAAGGCUCUAUGUCAGAAGAUGAUUUCAUUGAUGAGGCUAAAGUUAUGAUGAAACUUCACCAUCAAAACCUGGUUCAGUUGUACGGUGUAUGCACCAAGCAGAGACCCAUUUACAUUGUAACUGAGUAUCUCUCCAAUGGGUGUCUACUUAACCACCUCCGAGACUCGCUCAAACAUCCGUCCCCUAUCCAGCUCCUUGAAAUGUGCAAAGAUGUGAGUGAGGGAAUGGCCUAUUUGGAAUCCAAACAAUAUAUCCACAGAGACUUGGCUGCUAGAAACUGUUUGGUGGAUUCUAAUGGGACCAUUAAAGUUACUGACUUUGGACUAUCAAGAUACGUUUUAGAGGAUGAUGAGUACACCAGCUCCGCAGGAUCGAAGUUCCCAGUGCGCUGGUCACCCCCCGAGGUUUUCCUCUACUGCCGAUUCAGCAGCAAGUCAGAUAUCUGGGCCUUUGGUGUCCUGAUGUGGGAGAUCUACACCCUGGGAAGGAUGCCUUAUGAGCGUUUAAGUAACACAGAAAUAGUGGAGAAAAUAUCUACCGGUCUGCGUCUCUAUCGCCCCCAAAUGGCCAAUGACAGGAUUUACACCAUCAUGACGAGCUGUUGGCAUGAGAAACCAGAAGAGCGGCCAGCGUUUCAAGAUCUUGUGGUUACUAUUCAAGAUCUUCUGUAUGAACUUCAGUAGGCAGAAGGCGGGGGCCUGUACCAAUCUUCGGCUAUGAUUUCACUCGGAAGAUGGUAGCAGUAGUUUAUCUCCAAUGAAUAUAUUGGAGAAGGAAGAAUAUCAUAUGGAAAGCAGACACAGACAUAUUCAUAGUAAAACAGUGUCCCGUGAAUGUAUAGUGCGAAUAAUUUAUGAACUGAAGUAUCAUAAUAUUUCAUAUAAUACAGAACUUGUCUAUUUUAAAUUUCUUUUUCCAUCAUCUUCACUAAUAUUUUCUUAAUAAUUCUUCUCUAACAAUGUACAAGGAAGUUUUAAAUGAAAUGCAACUAUACUGUAGAUUUAUAUGUUGUUGUUUUAAAUAUUCAAAAAGUGUCACUUUGUAGGCUAUGUCUAGAUAUGUAUGUGUGAUUCCAAGAAGGGGAACACAAGAUGAUUCCUCAGUCUGAUAUCAUUCUUGGUGACACCCUAAUUGAAUUUAUAUUGUAUAAUUCAAAAUUUGAAGACUUAUCCUUUCAUUGUCUUGUGCCAUGUGUCCAUUCUGUGAAAGCAUGUUGAAAGAUUACCAGCUGUUGGAUUAAAUUCAUUUCUCUUCUA